AACUCCCAGAGGGCAGCACGGCCGCAGCAGCGGGCACCUGAGUUCCCAGGACAACCCAGGCCCUCCGGCGGAAGCAGCGGGAUCCGUGUGCGGUCUGAGGCUGUAGUGGGCGUCGCGGGCUUUUGCGCCGUGGAACUCGCGGUCGGCGCGACCACCUCUGCCCACCUUCUCAACACACUCCUCUGGGCCGCCAUGAAGGACUCGCUGGUGCUGCUGGCUCGCGUCCCGGCGCACCCGGACUCCCGCUGCUGGUUCUUGGCCUGGAACCCUGCGGGAACCCUCCUGGCGUCGUGCGGUGGUGACCGUAGAGUCCGCAUCUGGGGCACGGAAGGUGAGAGCUGGAUCUGCAAAUCUGUCCUUUCUGAAGGCCACCAGCGCACUGUGCGGAAGGUGGCCUGGUCUCCCUGUGGCAAUUACCUGGCCUCCGCCAGUUUUGAUGCUACCACUUGCAUUUGGAAAAAGAACCAGGAUGACUUUGAGUGUGUAACUACUCUGGAGGGCCAUGAAAAUGAGGUCAAGUCAGUGGCCUGGGCCCCUUCUGGCAACCUCCUUGCUACCUGCAGCCGAGAUAAGAGUGUGUGGGUCUGGGAAGUUGAUGAAGAAGAUGAGUAUGAAUGUGUCAGUGUCCUCAACUCUCAUACACAGGAUGUCAAACAUGUGGUUUGGCAUCCAAGCCAGGAGCUGUUAGCCUCUGCCAGCUAUGAUGACACAGUGAAGCUGUACCGGGAGGAAGAAGAUGAUUGGGUAUGCUAUGCCACCCUUGAAGGCCAUGAAUCCACUGUGUGGAGCUUAGCCUUUGACCCCAGUGGCCAGCGCUUGGCAUCUUGCAGUGACGACCGUACUGUGCGUAUCUGGCGCCAGUAUCUACCGGACAAUGAGCAAGGGGUGGCAUGCAGCGGCUCUGACCCCAGCUGGAAAUGUAUCUGCACUUUGUCAGGCUUCCACUCCAGGACCAUUUACGACGUUGCUUGGUGUCAGCUGACAGGGGCCCUGGCUACGGCUUGUGGCGAUGAUGCCAUCCGUGUGUUCGAGGAGGAUCCCAGCUCAGAUCCACAGCAGCCCACCUUCUCCUUGACAGCCCACUUGCCUCAGGCCCAUUCCCAGGAUGUCAACUGUGUGGCCUGGAACCCUAAGGAGCAGGGGCUUCUGGCCUCCUGCAGCGAUGACGGGGAGGUGGCCUUCUGGAAGUAUCAACGACCAGAAGGCAUCUGAGCCACCCUGACUUUGGACAGAAUCAUGGUUCCCCAGAAAAUGUCCUAAGACUUUCCCAGCCCUAAGAUGACCUGGAGGAGGACCCUUGACCUUCACCUAACUUGGCUCUCUUCCAUUCAGACUUGGGGAGAAGUGCAGAGUCAUAGAACCACUCACUCGUCCCCUUUGACAUGGGGCCCUUGGUAAAGAGCUAUAGAACAGCAGUUGGCUGUGGUUAUGCCACAGGUUUUGCUUGCUUGAGGGCCCAGUGUUCAGUUUUGGGGGGUGAAUAAAGUAUUUAUAGUCACCCUAUCUCUGUGUAGAAGGGGUACAUCUUAGGCUUUUCAGAAAUUGGAAGCUUUAUAGAAAUACGUCAUCUGAAUCCCAAGUCCUAUUUCAUAAGGACAUUCACAACUUAAAAGAAUUCCAUGGUGAGUCCUUUUCUGAAACAGGUCCUGCCUUCCUGGUUUCUGGGUAAAUUCUUACAUUUAAGACAUUCAGUCAGUAUUAGAAGGAAAUUUUUUUAAUGUAGGCUGGCUUAGAGUGAGACAUGCUUCUGCUUUCCCUUAGAAACUCGUGUUAUCUUCUGUGCCAGCCAUUAUGUUGUGGUGGCAACUGAAAAUGCUGAAAAAUAAAUCCGGAAGGGUAUGAACCCUAAAAGAGUUAUUACUGGCUACAGGCAUACAUUCUCAAUGAAGCUGAAAAUCAGUUCUUGGGGGGGGGGGCAAAAGAAAAUCUGAGAGACCAUCAUUUGUGGCUCUCUAAUGAACCUCCAGUAUUAAAUUUUCAUGGUGGGGGCGAAUAGAAAAAAGACAUCUAAUAAGGUUCAUUUAGGGGGAUGAUAAUGAAGAAUGGUAGACAAUCAGUCCUUAAGCUAUCACUUCAACCUCAUUCAGGUUGUCUUCUGGAAGUCACUUCCAUAAUGGGUUUGGACUUGAGGACCUCCCCAAAGCUAUAGCCUUCACCUGAUUUUUUUUCCACUAAGAUCACGACCUUGGGUUUUGAAAAGAGCUGAGGACAGUGUCUAGCGCAAUGGCUGUUAGUGUGUGGUCCCGA